AUCAGCUGAAGCAAGAAUGCCUGAGCCCGCCAAAGCACCCUCAAAAGGCGCCAAGAAAGGCGUCACUAAACCGCCCAAAGGCAACAAGAAGAGGAAGUCCAAGAAGAGGAGGGAGAGCUACGCCAUCUACGUGUACAAGGUGCUGAAGCAGGUCCACCCCGACACCGGCAUCUCCUCCAAGGCCAUGGGCAUCAUGAACUCCUUCGUCAGCGACAUCUUUGAGCGCAUCGCCGGUGAGGCCUCCCGUCUGGCUCACUACAACAAGCGCUCCACCAUCACUUCCAGGGAGAUCCAGACCGCCGUCCGCCUGCUGCUGCCCGGGGAGCUGGCCAAGCACGCCGUGUCUGAGGGCACCAAGGCCGUCACCAAGUACACCAGCUCCAAGUAAACACCUCUGCUCUCACUCAGCGACACAGCUACAACACAAAGGCUCUUUUAAGAGCCACACACUCACACUCUGCAGAGCUUGUCCUCUUCUGUCUCAUCUCUUAGUCAUAGAUUGUUACAAUAAUGUAAAAGUUCAUCAUACAAAUAUUCACGUCUGUUAAUAUAGUUAACUGUGUUUAAAAGAAAGUAUAACUUAUAACCUAUAUCAAUUUAAUUCGCUCUUCAAGGGAUAGUGAAAUAAAAGAUUUUAAUCCUUG